UCGUUGCCGUAUCAGAAGACUCGGGUUCCUUUUGCCAGACAGCAACCAGCGACUCCGCCGAGCUGGUAAAGAGGCGGCGAUGGCGUACGAAGGCGAAGAAGGAAAGAACCGAAAGAAGAAGAAGAAAGCUAAGAAAGAUAAAUGGGGCCAGCCCGUGCCGGCGGCCGCGGAAGAGGCCGAGGAACCGGUAGAAGCGCCGCGGCAAGAAGAGGGCCCUCUUAGCGGCGGGGAUUCGUAUGAGCCCAACAAGGUUGUGGUGAGCGGGAUGCCCUACUCCACCACCGAACAGCAAAUCCGGGACCUCUUCAGUGCCAUCGGCCCCAUCCAACACCUCCAGCUCUCGCGAUUCCCGGACUCCGGCAACUUCCGCGGCCUCGCCUUCCUCACCUUCCAGACGGAGGAUAUUGCAACAAAUUCUCUUAAACUUGACGGAACCAAAAUGGGAAAUAGGUUUGUAAAGGUGGAACGAUGCAGACUAGAUUCCCAGAGAAAGAGGAAGCAUGAAUUUCUUAGUGAACCUGAGAAGGUUGAUGGAUGCCUCUCAGCAUACAUUGGCAAUCUAUCUUGGGAUGUGACAGAAGAAGACAUCAGAGACUGCUUCAAAACAUCAAACAUUGCUUCUAUAAGAUUUGCCUUUGACAAGAGGACAGGGAAAUCUCGGGGCUUUUGUCACAUAGAUUUUGAAGACGAUGAAUCACUGGAGAAAGCUAUGAAAAAAAACCAGGUCGAAAUGCAUGGGAGGCCAAUGAAAAUAGCAUAUGCUGUCAGCAGUCGGAACUGAACCUGCAAAGUUGUUCACCAAAGGUCUUUCCUGUCCUGUUGAAAGCUGACAGAUUUUUUAGCACAAAAUGGUCAGAUGAUCCAUUUCCUAGAUUUGUACUGGCUACUGAAAUUUUAGGAGCACAGUCUUGCGCUUGUGGAUGCUAGACUCAGAUUAGCUGUUGUGGAUGUAUUACACAGUUCCAUGCCGAGAAUUCUUUAAUUUGCAUAUUUUUGUUUUAUUAAAUGAAUAUAUUCCUUGGCAAAUUUCUGCAUUACAAAAAAUCUACUUAUUAGUUGAUUUU